AUGUUUGGAGCCAUUAAUUGCAUUAUUGCCCUAGUUUUGGCCUUGUUCUACUUUCUCAGGUUGUCCAGAUGGAGUCACACUCACAGGCCGAAAGCCAGCAAACGAAAAUCCCCGCCAGAAGUUGGCGGCGCGCGGCUAUUCACAGGGCACCUCCACCUCUUGUCCCCGGCUGGCGGGCUCCCCCACUUCAAACUGGCUGAUCUUUCGGACACGUAUGGGCCGAUCUUCACGAUUCGUCUGGGCGUGCGGCGAGCCCUGGUGGUCAGCAGCUGGGAACUCGCCAAGAGCCUGUUCACUACCUGCGACGCUGCUAUCUCGUCCCGGCCGAAGCUGCGGGCCGGCAAGCAUCUGAGCCACAACUACGCCAUGUUCGGGUUCUCCCCGUACGGCCCCUUCUGGCGCCGGAUGCGUAAACUCAUCUCCUUCGAGCUCCUCUCGGCCCGGAGACUCGAGACGCAGACGGAGGUUCGCAUGUCCGAGACGGCCCAGUCGGUGGGCGAACUGUUCCGGGCUUGGGAGGAGAGAAGGGACGGGUCGGGUCGGGCCUUGGUGGACAUGAAGAGGUGGUUUGGGGACUUGAGCAUGAAUAUUGUGCUGAGGAUGGUGGUUGGUAAGAGGUUUAGUGGAAGCGGGGAGGAAACGGGGAGGUGGCAGGAGGUUAUGAGGGAUUUUUUCAAGCUGGCGGGGCAGUUUGUGGUGGCCGACGCCCUGCCGUACCUCAGGUGGCUGGAUAUCGGUGGACAUGAGAAAAGGAUGAAGAAAAAUGCGAGGGAGCUAGACGGGAUCGUGCGGGGAUGGCUGGAAGAGCACAGACACCGGCAGGGGGAAUAUUCGCCGGACUUUAUGGAUAUCAUGUUAUCGGUUUCCAAAGAAGCUCGCCUUCAUACCGAAUAUGACGAUGAUACCAUCAUAAAAGCUACAUGCGAGUCUCUGAUUUCGGGUGGGACCGACACGACCGUUGUGAUGUUGGUCUGGGCAUUUUCCCUCAUACUCAACAACCCUCAUGUCCUCAAAAAGGCCCAGGAAGAGCUCGACCGACAUGUUGGCAAGCAAAGACAAGUGGAAGAAUCAGACAUCCGCAAUCUGGUAUAUCUUCAAGCCAUAACCAAAGAGACACUAAGGUUAUACCCUGCGGGUCCCCUGGGCGGCACCCGAGAGUUUUCCGAGGACUGCACCGUGGGAGGCUACCACGUCCCCAAGGGAACGUGGCUCUUGGUGAAUCUAUGGAAGUUGCACCGGGACCCGCACGUGUGGGGGCCCGACGCCUUGGAAUUCAAACCCGAGAGGUUUCUGAGCAUUCACAAGAAUAUGGAUGUUCGGGGCUCGGAUUUCGAGCUGAUCCCAUUUGGCGCUGGCCGCAGGAUCUGCCCGGGCUCCAACUUGGGCCUGCAGAUGAUGCAUUUCGUGUUAGCUAACUUGUUGCACUCUUUCGACUUUUGGACGGAGGGCGAUGAGGGGAUUGAUAUGACGGAGAGUGCUGGAUUGACCACCAUGAAAGCCACGCCCCUCGAUAUCAAUACGAUAUUCUCCUUCUAG